GUGGGCCAUUAGCGUUCGCGAUUCGGUCGUAAUUGGAUGCUUGACAUCUAAACUUAAAUUAAAGCCUGUACUGAGUGGUACUAAAAGAUUGCUUGUCUUACGUGAUUUAGUUUUGCAGUAAAAUAUUUAAUCUAGAAGACGCGAUCGACGUGAAAAUUUAGAUAUGGCGUCGAGUCAAGAAGAUGCUCUUCCUGAAGGAUGGGAGGUCCGAAAGAGUCGAAGUACUGGUAUGGUGUACUUUUUAAACAAGCAUACUAAGAAAUCCCAAUGGGAUAAGCCGACUGGGCCAGCCCCAUUGUUCGAAGAUUACGAUAGUAGAUCUCCAGCGUCAGUGCAAUGCAGUCACCUGCUUAUAAAGCACGCUGAUAGCCGUCGUCCGUCUUCUUGGCGCGAGGCCAAUAUCACCCGGACCAAAGAAGAAGCUUUAGAAAUGCUGACAGAGUUCCGGCGUCAAAUCGUGAACAAGGAGUCUACAUUCGAAGAGUUGGCCCGCACAUAUUCAGACUGUUCAUCGGCCAAGCGCGGUGGAGACUUGGGGCGCUUCAAGAAGGGCCAAAUGCAGAAGCCGUUUGAAGCGGUAUCAUUUACUCUUGAAAUCGGUCAACUCAGUCUGCCGGUUGACACCGACUCUGGUGUCCACAUCAUUUUGAGGACGGCUUAAGUUGGCGACAUGUUCAAUCAAUAUCAGGAUUAGUAGUCUGCAAUUUUAAUCCUUAUAGUCGUUCGUUAUGUGUCUGCUUUUAGUGAUGGAACUAGCCCGCACAGCGAUAAAAAGAUCGCGCGAUUUAUUAUUGCAAUUUUGUAACACUUGUAUAGAGAUCACGCGCUUGCGAUUUAAAAUUCGUGCGAUAAAUAAAUAUGUUUCUUACUUUCCUGGGGUGCCGUGCGGAUUUCUUGCUGUCCAUUUUAGAAGAGCGUCUACGCGGAGGACUCCAUAAAAACUAACAACAAUCGCGAGGACUUUUGACGAUCUCCCUCGCACAGCGGGUAGCGGAUUUCAGUGGGAGCUCCUGGCUCACGUGGCUAGUUACCACCCUACCGACGUAGACGUGCUAAGCGAUUUAGUGUUCCGGUGCGAUGUCGCGUAGAAACCGAUUAGGGGCAUGACUACCAUACAGGUUAUCCCUCUACCAUCUUAGACUGCAUCAUCACUUACCACGCGGAAUAUAAAUCGCGAGAAGAAAAGUUGCGCGGUCAUUUUUCGCAGUGCGGGCUAUCUCUUAAUAGAUAUUGUCGGUGUGUAGUCAGUUCUUAUAAAGUAAGUUUAUUAUAAAAUAUAUAUUAUUUCAACAUAAUAUCUAAAUAACUUCACAUUAAACUUGUAUGUGAAA